AUGUCUGAGCACGCGGGUCCGAUCGAUCCGAUCGCGGAAGUUGCGCCGACCGAAAUUGCGAAUCCGGUGCCGAUUUGGCCGAUUAAUGUGAGUUUAUAGGUUCAUCGCACUGGGGACCACAAAGGGACCUGUCUGAUGGUACCAGAGGGUCCAAAAAAAAACAUACUAAGGGCGACAUUUUAGGCCGCAUCUUUUGCAACUUUUGGCACUACUCUUUUUUUUAUAGUCACAGGCCUCCUUGAAACUAGAGGGACCACACGAGAGAGAGCAAAUGGCGCUUGGAAUCGUUCCGGCGCGAGUCGCCUUGACCAACCCGGUCUCCGCUGUAUCCGAAGGAAUGCGCUUCUGUGCUGCUUAUUUGAUGAACCAGGCGGUACGUUUACCCAAACUACCGGGACCAUAAACUGCUUUUCCAGGCGAGCCGAGUGUCGUGGGGACUUCAGGGAACCCCCAACUACACAGCGGCUUCGUUUCAACCGCAGGCUUAUCUGGUAAACACAAAAAUGGUGCCCCCCGACUCGAAAUGGUCGCCCGUUCAGAACUGGCCGGAACCGAGCACCGCCCAGACGCUCGAUAAGAUGGUGAUCGAACUGGCGAAGUUUGGCGAGAAAGUCAAGUCGAACGAGCGCAAAAUCGACGAGUUCCAACGCGCUCACGACGAGAAUAAGGCGAUUUUGGAGAAGCGCGAGAAUGUGCUGAAGCGAGAGCAUCCGGAGAAGACGGCGAGAGAGGAGGAGGAGGAGGUCGUCGAGCUGAAGAAGGCGAGGGAGGAGGAGGUCGUCGAGCUGAAGAAGGCGAAGGAGGAGAACGAGCAGCUGAAGAAGCGCAUCGAGGACGCCGUUCUGUGUGUCGUUUGUGCGCACGAGUUCACGCUCGACGGCGACAGAGUGCCACGUGUCCUUUGUGAGUUGGAUUCAAGUAUAUUGGGUCUGAAUUUCAGAUCAUCUGGUCCCCGAGAAAGCGGCUAGGGCGAAUAAAAUGCACGCCUAGUUCUUCUGGUGUAAGAUUACUGUAGCCUGGAGCAUGAGAGUCUGGCAGGACUUCAAAUAGCUUCAGUUUGGGUAGGAAAAGUCGAGUGAAUCAGUUUAUGGUCCCUGGCAGACAGUGGUCCUACCAGAUGGUUGUCUCAACAAGGAAAAUAUAAUGAAAAGCAAACCGUCAACGAAACGGGACCAGUAUUGCAGCGUGCGGCCACACGUUCUGCGAGCACUGCAUCUCGACGAUCGCAGUGAAGGAUCGCAAGAAGAAGAUGUGCUUCAAGUGCCCGAACGACGAGAAGAAGACGUCAUUCAAUCGUCCGUCGGAUCUGCCGAAGAACUUUGUGAUCCUCUCCAACUUUUGCGAUUAA